CGAGCACCCGCACCACAAUUGGGUCAACGGCAUCACCGCGAUCCACGAUUUACGACAACCACUCAACGCCAAUCGACCCCCGUCAGCGCAUCUCCAUCCGUCAAGAUGCGUACUUACGACGACGCCUUCAGCGGCCAGAAGAUCUACCCUGGCAAGGGCAAGCUGUUCGUCCGUGGCGACAGCAAGAUCUUCCGCUUCUCCACCGGAAAGUCCGAGUCUCUUUUCCUCCAGCGCAAGAACCCCCGCCGCAUCGCAUGGACUGUUCUCUUCCGUCGCCAGCACCGCAAGGGUAUCUCUGAGGAGGUCGCCAAGAAGCGCACCCGCCGUGUCGUCAAGCAGCAGCGUGCUAUCGUUGGUGCUUCCCUCGAUGUGAUCAAGGAGCGCCGCUCCCAGCGCCCCGAGGCCCGUGAGGCCGCCCGCAAGCAGGCCAUCAAGGACGCUAAGGAGAAGAAGGCUGCUUCCGCCAGCGCCAAGAAGGCUGAGAAGGCCAAGCUCGCCGCCACCAAGGGUGGUGCCCAGCGCAUCCAGAGCAAGCAGGGUGCUAAGGGUUCUGCUCCCAAGGUUGCCGCCAAGUCCCGCUAA